CCAUUUUCAAUACAAUAGACAGCACAGCACAUACCAAUCGACCCCCUUCAGCGUUUUCUUGCUCGCCAGUCCCACAAAUCGCAAACUCGGUCCAAAAUCGAGCUCAGAUCGUGGCAGCGUCGUCCUCCCUUGUCCUUUUUCUAAGCCAAUCGUACAAACGAGACAGGUGUUGCGAUCUUGAUAGCUCAAUCGUCCUUCUCAAGAGAUUAAGCCUUCCAAAUCAAUUUUCCGUCGGAAUUAGUCUUAUUUUCAAAUUACUCACAGUCCCGCAUCGACUCUAGGCUGUGAUUUUCACAUUUCUCAACUCCUAUAAGUAGGCCCUUCUCUUCACUGUUCAAUUUUUGGAGACUAAAGAGUGCCCUAAAGGUUUUGGGAAUUCUUUGUUCCAUAGUUCAAAAUUUUGUGGCUGUUCGAGUUUAGAGAGGUGGUGGAAUCGUCUCCAUUGAACUCGUCAUCCGGUUUGCUGCCCACAACCAGUUAAGGAUGUUUAUUUCAUCUUUAUUCCCAUUAAGAAAAGAGACGUACAAUACUGUAGUCGAGCAAGAUGGCCUUGACUCCAACAUUAUAAAUAAGAGUGUAUAAUCUCCUCUUGUGACUCCAUAGAAAUUCCACCCACUUAAUCAGUAUGAACCAAAUAAUCUUCGGUAGCGAUUGUGCCAAGAGAACUGAUGGAAGUACUUUAUGUUUAAUCUACUACCAAGAACAAAGAAAGAUAAGUUAAGUUAUAUAUCUCCAUGCCAAGAAGAAGAGGAAGACAUCGCAAAACAACUGAAGUUGUAAAGGAUGCUAAUGAAGAACAACAUCAAGUGAAAAUGGAAGAUGAUAUAUUCAAGCAAGAAGCUGAACGUCAAAGUACUGCUAUAAGGGCUAUUCGUGAUGUGGAGAUUGAACACUUAAAAGAUAUGUUACAAUUGCUGCGAUCAAAUUUUAGUAAUGAACAGCUGCAAGUUCCAGUAACGCAAUUUUUUGAGGAAAAAUUUCCAAACCUGGCUAUUGUAAGAAAUGAGAAAAAUGGCCAGUAUGAAGUGCAAAGGAAAGACAAUGCUGUUAAUUUAAGCAUGGACCAAUUUGAUGGAAGGAAUCUACAUGCUUCUCUUCUUAAUAACCUGUCCAUGGUGUACCCUGAUUGCUCCAGUGCCAUGCCGUCACUUGGUGGAUUUGAACUCUCAAAUAAAUCUGUUAAAACAUCAUGCUAUGGUGUCGAAAACCUCCAGAUCAAGGGAUUUGUCUUGGAAGAGCCAUCUGACUCCCAAAUGCUUGAUUUGCCUGAUACUCUUCAGACUCCUGGUGCAUAUAAUAACAGAUUAUCUGUUGGGAUGACUCCCAAAACUUUAAGACUGCCUAAACCUGGGGAAAUGCUUCUAUCUGUCCACGGCUCUCCUCUCGGUGUUUACAAGGAAGACAAUAUGGAAGCGAUACAUGAGUCUGGAGAGUGAAGAUGGAUGAAUUGACUCAAAGUAAUUUGUUUAGCGGAGGGGUAGACGAUACAUUUUCUCUAAUGUAAUAAUUUUUGAGACUUAUCAUCAAACUUAACCCAUAAUCUUACUUUUGUUGAGAGUUCAUAGAACACUUUGCCAGCCUCCUUUUAGUUCCAGCCCUUUUCUCUAUUUCCUUCCCCCUUCCCUUUGUUAUGACCUAUUUUCUGUAGGUUAUGAAGCUGGAAAAUUACUAUCGUUGUACAUAAUUUGUAAGUGUGACAAGAUUUUUAGUGAUUAGAGAUGGUCAAGUUAUUAA